AUGCAGCGCGCUGGCUCCAGCGGUGCCCGCGGGGAAUGUGACAUCAGCGGCGCCCGGCGCUUGCGGCUGGAACAGGCAGCUUGCCUUGGCGGCGCGGUGCACACCUCGCCCGGGGGAGGACGUGGAGCCCGGCAGUCGGCGGGGAUGUCGGCGAAGGAGAGGCCAAAGGGCAAAGUGAUCAAGGACAGCGUCACCCUCCUGCCCUGUUUUUAUUUCGUUGAGUUGCCUAUAUUGGCAUCAUCCGUGGUUAGCCUCUACUUCCUGGAACUCACAGAUGUCUUCAAACCUGUGCACUCUGGAUUCAGCUGCUAUGACCGCAGUCUUAGCAUGCCCUACAUUGAGCCAACCCAGGAGUCCAUCCCAUUCCUCAUGUUGCUUAGCUUGGCUUUUGCUGGACCUGCAAUUACGAUCAUGGUGGGAGAAGGGAUUCUAUACUGCUGCCUUUCCAAAAGAAGAAAUGGGGCUGGACUGGAACCCCACAUCAAUGCCGGGGGCUGCAACUUCAACUCCUUUCUCAGAAGAGCCGUCAGAUUCGUUGGAGUUCAUGUGUUUGGACUGUGCUCCACGGCUCUCAUUACAGAUAUCAUACAGCUAUCCACAGGAUACCAAGCCCCGUACUUUCUGACUGUGUGCAAGCCGAACUACACCUCUCUGAAUGUGUCCUGCAAAGAAAAUUCCUACAUCGUGGAGGAUAUUUGUUCAGGAUCUGACCUUACAGUGAUCAACAGUGGCAGAAAGUCAUUCCCGUCCCAACACGCGACCCUUGCUGCCUUUGCUGCUGUGUAUGUGUCGAUGUACUUCAAUUCCACAUUAACCGAUUCCUCCAAGCUCCUGAAACCUCUCUUGGUCUUCACAUUUAUCAUCUGUGGAAUCAUCUGCGGGCUAACACGGAUAACUCAGUAUAAGAAUCACCCAGUUGAUGUCUAUUGUGGCUUUUUAAUAGGAGGAGGAAUCGCCCUGUAUUUGGGCCUGUAUGCUGUGGGGAAUUUUCUCCCUAGUGAAGAGAGUAUGCUCCAGCAGAGAGAUGCCCUCCGGUCACUGACAGAGCUCAAUCAAGACCCCAGCAGGGUUUUAGCAGCUAAAAAUGGUAGCAGCAGUGAUGGGAUUGCUCACACAGAGGGCAUCCUCAACCGAAACCACAGGGAUGCAAGCUCCUUAACAAAUCUCAAGAGGGCCAAUGCUGAUGUAGAAAUCAUCACCCCUCGGAGUCCCAUGGGGAAGGAGAGCAUGGUGACCUUCAGCAACACGCUGCCCAGAGCCAACACCCCCUCAGUGGAAGACCCUGUGAGAAGAAACGCGAGCAUCCACGCCUCCAUGGAUUCUGCCCGGUCCAAGCAGCUCCUCACCCAGUGGAAGAGCAAGAACGAGAGUCGCAAGAUGUCCCUGCAGGUUAUGGACACUGAGCCAGAAGGGCAGUCACCACCUAGGUCCAUAGAAAUGAGGUCCAGCUCAGAGCCUUCCAGGGUAGGGGUGAAUGGAGACCACCAUGUCCCAGGCAAUCAAUACCUCAAGAUCCAGCCUGGCUCUGUCCCGGGGUGCAACAAUAGCAUGCCUGGAGGGCCACGCGUGUCCAUCCAGUCCCGCCCUGGCUCCUCUCAACUGGUGCACAUCCCUGAGGAGACCCAGGAAAACAUAAGCACCUCGCCCAAGAGCAGUUCUGCACGGGCCAAGUGGCUGAAAGCCGCAGAGAAGACAGUGGCCUGUAACCGGAGCAACAGCCAACCGCGCAUCAUGCAGGUCAUCGCCAUGUCCAAGCAACAGGGCGUGCUGCAGAGCAGUCCCAAGAAUGCCGAGGGGAGCACCGUCACCUGCACAGGCUCCAUCCGCUACAAAACCCUGACAGACCACGAGCCCGGUGGCAUCGUGCGGGUGGAGGCCCACCCCGAGAACAACAGGCCUAUCAUUCAGAUCCCAUCCACCACCGAGGGAGAAGGCAGCGGCUCCUGGAAGUGGAAAGCUCCAGAGAAGGGCAGCCUGCGCCAAACCUACGAGCUCAAUGAUCUCAACAGGGACUCGGAAAGCUGUGAGUCCCUCAAAGACAGCUUUGGGUCUGGAGAUCGCAAGAGAAGCAACAUCGACAGCAACGAGCACCACCACCAUGGCAUCACGACCAUCCGAGUGACCCCGGUGGAGGGCAGCGAGAUAGGUUCAGAGACGCUGUCUGUGUCCUCCUCACGCGACUCCACCCUGCGCAGAAAGGGCAACAUUAUCUUGAUCCCCGAGAGAAGCAACAGCCCUGAAAACACGAGAAACAUCUUCUACAAAGGAACAUCCCCCACGCGGGCUUAUAAGGAUUGA